AUGUCAUAUCGUUAAUAAUAUUAAUAUAACAAUAAUCCUCAAACAACUAAUUAAACCUAUUCAACAACAAGCUAACGAUCACAACAAUCACUUUAAUAACAACCUUUUAUACCACAAUAGCAAAAUCCAUAUGUAUAAAACAAUUUAAAGAAUAAUCAAAAUUUAAAUUCAAUUUUGCCAAAAAGCAGUACUAAUCCUUUUACUCAAUAAGCCAAUACAUAACAACAACCAGCAAAGUAUUAUUAUGAUAACAAUUUAGAGGACCUUAGUUUUUAUUUUCAUAAGAAUAAUCAAAUGCAAAUCAACCUGUUGCACAAAAAUUGUUAAUUAAACAAUAACAGUAAUAAGAACCUUCUAGAAUGACAUAGAAUUAAAAAAAAGAAAAGGAUGAUGAAAGGAAAACAUAGAAUAAAUUGAACUAAAAUGAUGAAGAAGAAGAAGAAGAAGAAGAAGUAGAAGAAGAUGAAUAAGACGAAUAAGAAGAGGAUGAAGAGAAUUAAGAAGAGACAGACGAAGAUGAAUAAUAAGAAGAUGAGGAUGAUUAUGAUGAUACUGAAAAAAAUGAAAGUGAAGAAGAAACAGAUAAUUAACCUAAUGCUUAACAGAAAAAAAAUGAUAAAUAAUAAGCAAAUAUCGAUAAAUAUAAAUCAGUUAAUUAAAUUGAUACCAUUAGAAAAGAAGUGAAUAAGAUAAAUAAAGAAUUAGAUAAAUUAGAAUAAGAGAUAGAAGGAACUUUGAUUAUGAGUAGGAUUAAUUUUGGAGACCAAAGUGUUUUAGAUAUGUCAGUUUCCCAAGAUUUAUCAUAUUAAUAAUACCUCAAAGAAUUUGAAUAGUUUAAAUAAUCAAAAUAAGGAAAUCUAAAUUCAAUGAAAGGGUGA